AUGGCGCGUCCCCCAAAGAACAAGCAGGUUGCCGCUGUGGCCCCCGCGCAAGAGGUCGCGAUUGCAGCCGCAAGCACUUCUGCCACCAUGGCUCCGCAGCGCCCGAUUGACGUUGAGGGCUUCAUUCGUGUGCGGGACUCUGUUUACUCGAGGCUCAAGAGCAUUCACAACCUCAUUGGGACCUUCACUCAGGACUACCUUCGCCAGACCAAUCUCCUGAUUGGCCUCGGCGAGGGUAUGGAGGAUUCUGGCGACCUAAGCGCCCUUAACGGCAUGGGCAUGGAUCUGGCCAAUGUCGGCCUGCCCAUCAUGCCAAAUGUUCUUGCCGUCCCUGCACCUAGGCCAGGUGAGGAGGUCAAGAAGGAGCGUAAAAAGAGGCAGCACGACCCCAAUGCUCCAAAGCGCCCUCUGACUCCCUACUUCCUUUACAUGCAGACCGCCCGCCCUAUCAUCGCCGACGACCUCGGAGCUGAUGCGGCCAAGGGUGCUGUCCAGGAGGAGGGUCAGAGGCGGUGGUCUACCAUGUCGGCACGUGAGAAGGCUGGAUGGGACCAGGCCUAUCAAUUCAACCUGAGGCUCUACAAUGCUCGCGUGCACUCAUACAAGAACGGCAACCAGGGCGCCAAGGAGAUGAGCGAUGAUGACGCGCUUGCAUACGCCGACAUGAACAACAUCCCCAUGCCCACCGGCAAGGAUGCCGCAGUGGCCGACAUCAGCAACGACCAGGAGGCUAUCGCCCAGCAGCUCCAGGGCCAGGUCGCCGAGCCGUCCGUCCAAGAGCCCGAGGAGGAGGAGGAGGAGCCGCAGCAGCAGCCAGAGGAGGAGGAGGAGGAGCAACCCUCUAGCCCGCCCGCCGCCAAGACCCCCAAGAGCACCAAGAAGGGCGCAGUAGGCAAGCGCAAGAGCGCCGCCGCCUCGGAGGUCGCCACGCCGGCACCUGAGCCCAAGAAGCGCAAGCGGCAGAGCAAGGCGGCAGAGGAGACCCCCGCCCCCGAGCCUGCCAAGAAGUCGAGCCGGGCAAAGAAGAACAAGAGCGCUUAG